CCGCCGCAAGAUCCGUCAGGCAUCUCGGAUCCGCUUCCAUCCGAUCCUACAGAAACUCGUGUGGUUCCUCCCCGCGACAGCCAAAAUGGUGAAGCUGAUCGAGAGCAAGGAAGCUUUUCAGGAGGCCCUGGCGGCUGCGGGAGACAAACUUGUAGUUGUGGACUUCUCAGCCACAUGGUGUGGACCAUGCAAAAUGAUCAAGCCCUUCUUUCAUUCCCUCUGUGAAAAAUAUUCCAGUGUCGUGUUCCUUGAAGUAGAUGUGGAUGACUGCCAGGUGGGUGAAUUCUCAGGCGCUAACAAGGAAAAGCUUGAAGCCUCUAUUACUGAGUUUGCCUAAUCAUGGCCUGGAAAACAUAACCAGCCACCAGCUGUUUAAAGCCUGUAACUUUUUUAAUUUUCAAAAAAAUAUGAAGUGUGGAGAACCUGUACCCAACUGCCAUCUGAUUAUAAAUGACAAUAAAAUAUUAAUUCUACCCUUUUUAAAA